AUUUUAGUCUUGAUUUUUUAUUCCAAAAAGAUUUUAAUGAAAUAUCAUGACAAUAUCCAGGAUUGCGACUCUAAUUUUAUAUCGAUGGCGAGUGCGAUUUUUUCGACAGUAUGAAGAUCGGUUCGAGUUUUGAGAUCAGGGGUAUAUGGGAAGUUUAUGAGGAGGGAUUUAGGGGGUUUGUGGUUCUACGGAGGAGAUCAGAUCGAAACCAUGGGGGGAAAGGGGUUUUUGGAUUUAAAAGUUUUGGAUUGGAUUGGAUUUUCCAGAUUGGAAAGAAGUUUGGUGUAUACGAAGAGGGUUUUCCUCGAUGGAUGGUAAUGGAGUUAUGGAGAUGGGAUCGAAAGGUCAAUCAAUGGUAUCAGGGUCCAGACAAGGAAGGUGAAGCUACUGUUAUUAUUCAAAGGGACCUGUAUAAUUGCUCAAGGGUCAGUGGCUGGUCAAGUCUGGUGGUAAGAAGGUUCAGGCCCCAAGCUUGGGCUUGAAGAUUUCGAUCCCAAAGUUCGAUAACUCCAAUCUCAUUGCGGAGUACUCAAAAACGGUGAUCGGGCGGUGUAUGAACCCAUCCAAGCAGGUGAUGAAGGCGUUGCUGUACCACCUCCCGAAGAUCUGGAAUGUGGAUGAGAGAGUGGCGGGAGCAGACUUGGGAAUGGGGCGUUUCCAGUUCGAUUUUGAUCAAGAGGAAGAUAUUGUGGAGGUGAUGAAAAACGAGCCUUUCCACUUUGAUAAUUGGAUGCUGUCUAUUGUCCGGUGGGAGCCGGUGGUGGAGGAGAACUAUCCAUCUAAAAUAACAUUCUGGGUACGUAUCAUGGGUGUACCUCUCCACUUUUGGGCUGCACCAACUUUCAAAAGUAUAGGGGAGGCCUUGGGAGUGGUUAGGGGAGAUGAAGAUGUUGACAUUGAUGAAGGAAAGGUUAGGGUAAUCAUUGAUGCUUUCAAGCCUCUGGUCUUCUCAGUCACGGCAGAGUUCCAUAGUGGUGAAGAAUCUAUCAUAGCUUUGCGAUAUGAGAAGCUACAUGGGCUUUGUCGAAUCUGCUCAAGCUUGAGGCAUGAUCAGACUAAAUGUCCAACGGUGAUGAAGAGUACAGAGGAGGAGAAGGCGGCACAGCCACCAAGGACAGAUCAGAAUCAGGACCCAUCCAUGUUAAGUUACAAGGGUGCAGUUGAAUCGCAAGGAAGAGUGUCUGGUGGGGCUGUUGAUGGUAACAACCGGAGAAAUGGUCAACAAGUUCCGCGAAACAAUGAGUAUAAAGGAAAAGGCAUUGCAUAUGAUAACAACAGCUAUGAUGGUUUCAAAAAGCCGGGCUUCAAGAGGUCUUAUGGAGAUCAAGAUGGGGCCCAGUCAAGGAAUAUGAGGCAGAGUGGGCGUCUUUCCCACACAGAGGCGCCAGCGGGAUAUGCUAUGGCUACUAGUGGUUUAAGUAAGCUUGACUCUCAAGAUGUGGGACAACACUUAGACCAUCAACAAAAUCUUAUGAUGGAUGCUUUUCGAAGUGGAAAGAGUGGUGAGAGGAACCAGUCUUCAGUUUCCAAGGCUCGUAAAGCUCUCACCUUUGAAGGAAACUCAUCGGGUAUGGCUUUGAAGGGGUUGGAAGGAGAGGAUGAUGCGAUCAUGGAAGAGGCUGAGACUAAGGGACUUGAGAAGACAACCCUUAUCCCUGACCCCCUUGAGGCGGCUGUUGUGGAGGCUAAAAUGGUUGGUGGUGACAUGGAACGUGAGGGAAAGGAGGAAGGGGAGAAGGAGGGCUUGAUUGAGGAGGUGGAGACUGAGGGGGUGGUGCUGGAGCUUACCGAGGAUGUGGCCUCUACUGAAGGAGUAGAAGAGGGGGGCGCUGAUCAGUUAGGAGACGUCAUCCCCACUGAAGAAGAUUUCGACGUGGAGGAAGAGAAUCAAUUGAUGGAGACAGAAUCUCAGGAGGUUAGAAUGGUUAAUGAGGGCAAAGAAUGUCCGGUUAAUAGGAAGAAGCUUGGGAAAACAAGUGGUGCUGUGAUGGAAGGCACGCUUAAGAAGCGACUGGUGCAGAGUAUCGUCUCUCCAAGGAAGAAACACACGGCUAAGCAGGGUAGUAAGAUGGGGGAGAAGGGCGCAUUACCCCCAAAGAAGGCUUCGGUUAAGCCAGAUCCUGAUCAGGAUUAAAGAGUUAUCAAGUUUUCUAAUAUUUAAUGAAUAAGUGUUGGGAAAGAUCUAGUUUUUUCUCUGGUUUUCGGUUGAUUUUGCUUUCAAUUUUUGUUAUGAGUUUCCUCUGAGGUUUUCAGGGUGUUGGAAUAAUAUAUUUGGAUUUUUUUCUUUGGUACUGACGUUGUAUGAGUAUGGGUGGUGGUUUGAGUUUGAGUUGUGUAGACUUGAGCUUUCUCGGGGGAUCUUAUAUCUCGUUGGGUAUGGGAGGUUUCUCUUUUAUAUGGCUAGGAGAUACAUUGUGUUUGGGUCCUUGUUUGUUGGGAUUAGAGGUUUUGGAACAAGUAAAGAGGAGUGUUUUAUUUGGAAAAGGCAUUUUGCCAUCACGGCUGAUAUGGAAGAUAUUGAGGAGAUACAAAUUUUACAAGAUUAUAUAGGACAGUGUGGGGAGUGUAAUGGUUUGCGUUGUAGAUUUAUGAUUAGUAAUGUUAUUGUGUUUGGAACAGGUACAUUGGCUUGUCGUUUGGUAUGUGUAACGCUGAGGUACUUUUUAACUUGGCAGGGGCUUGAUUUUUUGAGCAUGUUACUGGAGUGUGGUGUCUUGGUAUGUGGACUGAUCAACAUCGCUCUUUAUAUGAGAGUUGUGUGACUAUGGACUAGAAUACUGCUGGUAGGGAAUUUUUCACAUUUCGUGAGAGUCGGAGAGGGAUUUUGUUAGGAAAUGUAUUUAUAAGAGGUCAGGAAGAUAAGACGAGAUCCAUGGUCGCUACUUUUGGUUUUUGGGAAGUCAGGAAUGGAAAUGUUUACUCUAUUGGAUGGGGUUUUCCUCCAGUAAAGCCUGCGGAUGUUAAGAUGGUUAUACAAAGAGAAAUUUCUCAGGA